AUGCCCCGGUCGCAGGCCUUUCAUGCGGGUCGAAUGCCCCUGCAAGACCAACAAGUGCCACUUGGAUCACCCCACAUCUCUGGACCUCUGGCCUUUUGCAAUCCAACACGGGCGCAUUUUCCACUGUCCACGCAUCAACAUCUUGACCAAGAAACCAUCCCACGGCCUCACAUCGAAAGACUCUGGCGCUCCCGUGAUAACCGUAAAGGACGACAUGCACUCACCAUCCACCAGCGACCGCCAGGAGUCGAAGGCAAGAAUUACCCCCGCAAAACAAUCCACCCACUUGCCAUCCUCAAAGGGAUUCUUCGCAUGUUCACAACCUUUCCCUACUGGGACAUUUCCUUCUGGGUGGCUUUUGUCUUUACGAUCGGAUCGGUGAUCUGGGUCAUUAACGCCUUUUUCGUCUGGAUGCCGUUGGAAGACCCGUCCGGCGAAUUUGCGAAUGAAGUCCUUACCGGCGGAGGCGUCACGGCCUUUAUCGGCGCGACUGUCUUCGAAGUCGGCAGUAUUCUGCUGGCUCUGGAAGCAGUCAACGAGAACCAGACGGGCUGCUUUGGCUGGGCUGUCGAGACAGCCUCCAAGGAAGCCGCCGAUGAAGCCGAACAGGCCGUCGUGCGAAUCAAGUCCGACAUGGACUCGUGUCUGCAUCAUCAUGCUAACCGCCGCUCGUUCCUGACUCCAUCCGAGGCCAGACAGGCCUCGCACAGACGCACAUCGACUGAUGGAAAGCGAUCGUUUGAAUGGCUUCCCACCCUAACCGAACUCCGCACCCAUUAUCUCCACGAGAUCGGAUUCUGGGCUUCGUUCGUGCAGCUCAUCGGAGCUACCAUCUUCUGGAUAGCCGGGUUCACCGGCCUUCCUGGAAUCAUGAACCACAUGAGCCAAGCAGUCACCAACGGCGUCUUCUGGGUCCCGCAGAUCGUCGGCGGUUCGUGCUUUAUACUCAGCGGGCUGUUUUUCGCCCUGGAGACGCAGUCGAAGUGGUAUAUCCCCGCUAUACAUAUCCUCGGCUGGCAUGUCGGGUUCUGGAAUUUCAUCGGAGGGAUUGGAUUCACUCUGUGUGGUGUGCUGGGGCCAGCAACGGCCAACUCGGGGGUCGAGUAUCAGAGCACGCUGGCGACGUUUUGGGGGUCCUGGGCGUUCCUUUUGGGGUCUGUGAUCCAGUGGUAUGAGAGUUUGGAUAAGCAUCCCGUGGAGGAGAAGCAGUAA